AUGGCUUGGUCGUCGUCUUCGUUCUGCAUGGCCGUGCUGCUCGCACUGGCCGUCUCCGCGCAGCUCGGCGCGUCCGACCUGGCGCCGGACUACUACAGCAGCACCUGCCCGAACCUGGAGAGCAUCGGUUGCGACGGAUCGGUGCUGAUCAGCUCGACGGCGGGGAACACGGCGGAGAGGGACGCCGACGACAACAAGUCCCUGGCGCCCGAAGGCUUCAACACGGUGAACGCCGUCAAGACCGCCGUCGAAGCGGCCUGCCCCGGCCAGGUCUCCUGCGCCGACAUACUCACCAUCGCCGCGCGAGACGCCAUCGCCCUGAGCGGCGGUCCGUUCUACCCGGUGGAGCUGGGCAGGUUGGACGGCCUGAGCUCCAGCGCCAGCAGCGUGACGGGCCAGCUGCCGCACCCCACCCACACCAUUAACCAGCUGACCGCAAUCUUCAGAGCUCAAGGGCUCACCAGGUCGAACAUGGUCGCUCUCUCAGCGGCGCACACGGUGGGGGAGGCGCACUGCGACAAGUUCAGCGACCGGCUGUACGGCAACCCGGCGGACGCGACGCUGAACCCCAAGUACGCGGCGUUUCUCCGGAGCCAGUGCCCCUCCAGCGGGUCGCCCAACCCGACGGUGCGCAUGGACCAGACAACGCCGGCGCAGUUCGACAACCAGUACUACCGGAACCUGCAGGACGGCGGCGGCCUGCUCGCCUCCGACCAGCUGCUCCACACCGACAGCCGCACCCGCAAGGACGUCGACGCGUGGGCCGCCAGCACGGCAGCCUUCAGCCGGGCCUUCGUCGACGCCAUCACCAAGCUCGGCCGCGUCGGGGUCAAGUCAGGCAGACAGGGCAACAUACGCGAGCGGUGCGACGUCUUCAACUGAUAAAACGUCCUCAACCGAUAAAGUCAUGAAAAGGAUGGAUGCGUGCAUACAUAUCGCUACGGCUUCUUAAUUGGCUAGUGUACGUGCAUGCGACAAAGGUGCAUGAGGGUACACACAAUGUGUGCGUGCGUGGUACAUAAAUUCCUUGUGUCUUCCGGUUUGUACAUGACCUAUACAUGUUGUUUCAUUCGUUGCUUCUGUAUGUGCGGGCUAUGCACAUAAGUUGGAUUUGAUAAAGU